GUGGCAACAACACCUGUUGCAGGUACGUGUCGGUCACGUGGCUCGGCCGUCGGCCUCGGGAGCUGCCGCAGCAGUAGCCACUUCCUUCCCCUCCUGGCGCGUCUCUGGGCUUGUUUUCUAGGGAAGAGCUCCGCGGUUGGGGAGUUAGGGGCGUCGAGGAGACGCGAUCGUAUCCCUGGCAAAGGCAGCUGGUCCUCGGCGGGGCGAAGAUGAGCAAGAUCCACAAGUUUUUCAAGGGCGGAGGAGGCUCCAAGGGGAAAGGCAAAGGGGGCCCGAGCCCGCAGGAGGCUUUAGCCCGGCUGCGGGAGACCGAGGAGAUGCUGACCAAGAAGCAGGAGUAUCUGGAGGCGAGGAUUCAAAAGGAGCUGGCGCUGGCCAAGAAACAUGGCACCCGAGACAAGCGAGCUGCACUGCAGGCACUGAAGAGGAAAAAGAGAUACGAGAAACAGUUGACCCAAAUUGAUGGGACCCUUUCCACCAUUGAAUUCCAGCGCGAAGCCCUCGAAAAUUCCUACACUAACACGGAAGUGUUCAAGAACAUGGGCUAUGCAGCACAAGCGAUGAAAAAGGUGCAUGAAAACAUGGACUUGGACAAAAUUGACGACAUGAUGCAAGAUAUCACUGAACAGCAAGAUAUCGCUCAGGAAAUCACAGAAGCUCUUACCAGAAAAGUUGGUGAUGACUUUGAUGAGGAUGAGCUGUUGGCAGAACUGGAAGAACUGGAGCAAGAAGAACUCAAUAAUAAAAUGGCAAAUGUUCGACUACCAAGCGUACCAGCUACGCCACUGCCUUCCCAUCCUGCAUCUUCAAGGAAGAGAGUGGAGGAUGAAGAUGAUAUGCAGCAGCUUGCAGCAUGGGCUUCUUAACAGCAAUCUGCAGGGCUACGGGAAACGCCAUGGAAUAAAUUUAUGGAACAGUGUUUUGUUUUAUACAGAGCAUGGCUGUGUUUGAUACAGUCCGGCAUUAGUCCCUGGUGGGAUUUUAUGUCUGUAUGUAUGUGUGUAUGUACACGUGUGUGUGUGUGUGUGUGUGUGUGUGUGUGUGUGUAUUUUUAAGAGAGCCAGGAUUACUUAAGCCGUGUACUUGAAGUGUGCUUUCUUCUUCAGAUGCAGCCUCAUAUGAAUUUCUUUUUUCAUACAGAAGAAAUAUGAUUUAUAUAUAUAUAUUACUGGUGAAAAUUGACUGGGGUAGUCUUUUACUACUACACAGUAUUAUCCUUUGAAAGCUCUGUGUAUAGGUACAGGCAUGCAUGCUUAUUACCUGAAUUAAUUGGUUCUGUUCCAUAGAAACAUUCAAAGCUGAGAGCUGAUAUAUGCAGCUCUCCCAGGCUGUUGCUUUUUGUCUUUUGUAUGUACUGACUUUUGCUUGUACAGGCUGCAAACCCUGUUUGGUGCAGAGGAUGGCGUGAGCAAGCAUGUUUCUAAUAUAGAGCAACAUCCUUUGUAGAGUUUCAAACAAGUUUGGAGUUGUUGGAAUACAUGGUCCAUUUGGUCCCACUAGGUAGAGAUGAAGGAGAAAUUUUAUUUUGUUUGCAUUUUCAUGCACACCUCCCCAAACAACACACAAGCUGAAUGCACUUAUCCUUCAAUAUUUGCACUUUUCUGGAUUUUGCCAUGCAGUUUACCAACUAAAACGUGUAAAAAAAUGUGUCUGUUAAGAGAGUUUGCACUAAAAUGUGUUACAUUAGGAGAAGUUGCCUUCAUAAAUAUGUAUAACAGAAGAACCUCACAAACCGAUUUGGAAAUAUGGUGAACCGAUUUUAAAAUCUGACAAACCAACAACUGGGAGACACCAAAACUGGCAGAUUCAUCUACCCCUACAGGGUGUUGUGAAAAUAUUUGUCUAACUCCUGCCAGAGUUUUGUGCUGUUGGAUUUCUUUGCUUUCUAUGGGAGUUUCCUUCCAUGUAGCUACUUGUUCACUCAAGGUCCUAUAUGGAAGAGUCAAAGACUGAUGUGGCACCUUAACGACUAGCACACUAUCUUUGUCAAGCGUAUAUUAGAAAGACAACUUGGGUCUUGUAAAGGCACAUAACAUAGGCAGUCUAAAAUGCUGGAUACAAUUUGGCUUGCUAUAAGUGGCUAAAUUCCACAGAGUUUUCAUGUGUUUUAGACUGCUAAAAUGGAGUUAAUGUUAGCCAACAAAGGUAGUUGAGUGGAGCAUGUUUGUUGGGGUGUGGGGGGGGGGGGGCGCUGAGAAACCAGUUUAUAAUGGGUGUUUGGUUUUGUGACCAGCCGACUUAAAAACUGAUUUUAUCAAACCAUUUUAACAUGGAGGUUGCAGUCGACUAAAUCAAAGGGCUGACUUCAUGCUGGAAAAUAGUGGACAGAGAAUGGCCGAGAAUCUUCUGUUCCCCUCUUCCCACUUAGCUUUCUUUUAACACUGAACCUUUCAUAUUGCCAUGCCUAUUAUCAAAUGGAGAAUCUUAAUAGAUUUUUAAGGUUGUGGCUUUUGAAAUGUCCUUCUUAUACUUAUUCAGUUUCUUUUUUCCUUUUUGCCUGAAUGAAACACUUUACAUUGGAAUAAUUUAUAUAACAUGAAGUACCAAAUUUCAAAUGGGGUCAUUUUUUUUUACCUGGGGGACACAGAACUGGGUUUCAGAUGAUUGGAUAAUGAAGGUGCAAAUAAAUAUAUUGUCUGAAAGUAUUUGUAUUUGACUUGGCAAUUGUUUUUCCUAUCUUACUGUAAAGCCCCUUCAAAUAUUGUAAUUAUUAUUAUUAUUAUUAUUAUUAUUAUUAUUAUUAUUAUUAUUAUUAAUAUUUAUACCCCCAGCCACUCUGGACAACUUCCAGCAAAAUAUUAAAAUACAACAAUUACGGUAAUCAAAUAUUAAAAGCUUCCCUAAACAGGGCUGCCUUCAGAUGUCUUCUAAAAGUCAGAUAGUUGUUUAUUUCUUUGACAUCUGAUGGGAGGGCGCCACUCAGUCCUACCCAGCUUGGCCAAUGGUAACACAAAUUAUUUUUAAUGGAUGCGGUAUUGAUCUGGCUUAAUACUCUUAUGCUUUUGUUCAUCGUUAUUGGGGAUGAGUUACACAUAUUUUCUUCACCCUGAUGACUGAUGCUUAAUCAUGUAAUACCCUGGAAAAUGUGACACUCAUACCCAACAUCAAGUAAUAAUUCUUGCAUGGAUCAGGAGGUAGGUAGAUCUCUGGGUGAUUUGAAACAGAUUUGGCAAAGAUUUCUGGUUUUAAGUUGUUCAAUAAUAGAAAAUUUGACUGCUUAAGUGAAAGCAGCUUGGAUAAAAAUUGUGAGCCAAGGUUUAUUCUGGUACAGUACGCAAAACAAAUCUCUGUGCUCAGCAGCAUCUCAGAGCCACUGUAAAUUAUUGUAAAGAUGUAUAUUUUUAGUACCUGGCUCUAGGUGGUGGAUGUCCAGGUUCAAACACAAGCAGAUUCUGUAGGCUGAAAACCUGCUCCCUCUGCUGUAAAUGAUCAUUUGGCUCUAUGUAUUUGUGUGUAUGUGCAUGUAUGUAGGGGGGGGGCCUGCAUUCAGGAGAGCCUAAAAAGCUUUUAUGUGUACAGCUGACCAGCAUCCUGACCAGCAUCUAUGACAAGUAUAUUUAUAUAGAUUUUGGAUGUAGAAAGCAUGAGCUGUUGAAAUCCUUUGAUAAAAUGAUUUUUAAAAUUA